AUGUCCCCCGUGUCCGAGGUCCAUUCGGACGAUCCGUCCGACCUGCCUGCCGCCGCCGACGAGAAGAAGGCUGUGUCGGCGUCGUCCGGCGCCGUGGACGUCGAACGGGGCACGCCGACCGCCGCCAACGGCUUCCACGUCGUCGCGCGCGCGGCCAAGAACGAGGAUGGCAGCAUCGCAGCCGGCGAGAUUGGCGCCAUCGACGCGUCGGACAUUGCCGGCUUCGACGCCGCGUUCAUGAGCGCGCGCGCCAGCCUCAGCGCCGACGAGGAGAAGCGGCUGCUGCGCCGCAUCGACUGGCGGCUGCUGCCGCUGCUGUCCGUCAUCUACAUGGUCAAGACCAUCGACGCGGCCAACCUGUCCAACGCGCGCAUCAUGGACCAGGGCACGCCGCACAACGUCAUGAUUGAGCUCGGCAUGACCGCCAACAUGUACAACCUCGUCACCACGGCCUACUACAUCCCCUACAUCCUGGCCGAGACGCCCUCCAACCUGCUCGUCAAGCGCGUCAAGCCGUCCGUGUGGCAGGCGCGCAUCAUGAUCUCGUGGGGCACCGUCCUGUGCGCGCACGCCGCCGUCAAAAACGCCGGCGGACUCUACGCCGUGCGCGCCCUCUUGGGCCUGUUCGAAGCCGGCCUGUGGCCCGGCCAGCUGCUGCAGCUCUGCUACUGGUACCGCCCAGACGAGAUGGCGCCGCGCAUCGUCCUCGUCACCGUGCUGGGCAAUUUCAGCUCCGUCGUCAGCGGCCUGCUGGCCUUUGCCUUCAACGGCGUGACCGCGCGCGGCCUGUCGGGGUGGAAGUGGCUCAUCUUGACCGAAGGCGUCUUUACCGUCCUGCUCGGCAUUUUCACCUUUUUCUUCCUUCCCGACUUUCCCGCCAACGCCAGGUGGCUCUCUGAACGCGAAAAGGCGUUUGUCCAGGCCCGCCUGCCCAUCAACGCCCCCCGCGCCCAGGAAGCGAACUUUAGCUGGCGCCAGUUCGUGCAGACCCUCAAGGACGUCCGCCUCUGGCUCUUCCUCGGCUGCUGGGCCUUUUACACCGUCGGAACCACCGGCCUCAACUUUUACCAGCCGACCGUCAUUGCCGGGCUCGGCUUCACGACCAUUGGUCGCGCCCAGCUGCUCAACAUCCCGCCCGCCAUCUUCUCGUGCGCCCUGACCAUCUCCUUUGGCCUGCUGUCCGGUACCGGCCGCAUCCCCCAGCCCUCCAUCCCCCUGUUCUUCAUGGUCGUCAUCCUCGCCUGCUACGUCGUCGAGUACACCUACCCCAACGUCGGCGGCGUCUAUGCCGCCACCAUCGUGGCCGGCGGCUUCUCCUCGGCCUGGUACACCAUGAUGUGGCCCUGGCGCGUGCAGACCACCCAGGGCGCCACCGGGUCGGCCCUCGCCAUCGCCUUUGCCAACAGCUACGGCCAGAUUGGCGGCGCCGUCGGCUCGCAGCUGUUCAACUCGCGCUACGCGCCCCACUACACCACCUCCUUUGGCAUCGCUAUGGGCUUCAUCGGCAUGGCCAUUGUCAUGAACCUCAUUACCUGGUCCGUCACCUGGCGCGUCGACACCGAGACCCGCCGCAUCCGGCGGGCACGGAAGGCCGCCCUCAAGCGGAACGAGGCCAUUCUGGACGACGUGCAGAUUUAA